AUGGCCGGCACGCCCGUGUCGCUGGAAGUGGCGCUAGUAAAUUGCAACAAACGCUCCGAAAAAUCACUUGUUUUGUCGCGGCGGAACAGUCAGCUUCUGAGUUAAAUUUUCUGAGCACAGAGAAUCUGUGUUUCUGAGUCAGUUCCAUUGUAGAGUAGCAGAUAGUGAAAUCGCAACAUAACAUAUCCCUAGUAGUAUAAUAAGUAUAAGUGCUGUAACUGUACACGGUAGUCAUCAGAUCAGUCAUCAAGUGAUUAUCGAACAAAAACGUUAAAAAAAUAUUUGUAUCAGAGACAACUCUACUACUACGUAAUUUGCAUUUUUCUCUGCUAAUUAUAUUCUCUAAUCUGUAACCUAUUUUUUAUUUUAUUUUUGUCAUUUUGGUUUGUCAAAAAAAUUAAUUAUAAACACUUGCUAUAUUCAAUGGUAUUCCAGUGAAACAUUUAAAUUUUUCUUUGAUUUACCACUAAUAUGUCUCUAGAACAGACUGCUUGUGAAGAUAUUGUUGCAGAUUUAAAGGCCUUUGAAAGACGAUUAACGGAAGUUAUAGCAUGUUUACAUCCUUCUACAACGAGAUGGAGAAUUGUACUUGUGGCGGUGUCUAUCUGUGUAGCUACUGGAGCCAGUCAGUGGAUUCUUGAUCCAGAAACUAGAAUAGUUUCAUUAUCACAGUCACUAACAAACCAUCCAUUUUUUAUAUUAUCAACUAUUAUCCUUGCAACAAUUUUACUGCUUGGCGUGCAUAAAAGAGUUAUCGCAGCAUCCAUAAUAACUUCAAGAACUCGAGAGGUACUUAGUGAUUUCAAUAUGUCUUGUGAUGAUACUGGCAAAUUAAUUCUUAGACCUAGACCAACAAGUAUUACGUGACAAAAAAUUUUAGUUUCAUAUUACGUUAAAUGUAUUUCAUAUUUCUCAAAUAAUUAUUUCUGUACAAUAAGAAUAAACAAUUUUUUGCUAUAAAAUGAUUACCAGAAACGUAUUUUUAUUGUUUUGUUCCAUUAUAUGGAGAAGCACGUAGUUCAUAUUUUAUUUUUUUAGUUUGUAAAUCAAUGUUUUUUAGUUUGUAAAUAAAUGUUUACCACUGUCCUCAUUUAAA